AUAGUUAUAUUUUAGAAGAUUAAAAACAAAAAAACAUAAAACCUAAAUUAAUAUUGUCUUUUUUAUUAAAAAUAACGAAAGUAAUAAUCACAUCCCGCGCAAGGCGCGGGUUAUUACCUAGUUGUUUAGUAUUCAGUGUUGUUAAGAUUCAUCUUAAUUAGAUGUGAAUGUUAGUACAUGAAUUAACAACAUAAAAUACAAAGAGUAGUUAGAAAAGGAUCUCGAUUCAUUAUAGAAAAGAUCACUAUACAAAUGCAUAUAUAGAAGGCAAUUGAAAAAUGUACUCCGUUAGGAAAGGAUUUCAUUCAUUAUAUAGGAAAUGUUCGUGUCUUACAUUAUUUACUUGUGUAUUAUGUUUUUAAAUAAGAUUUACUCUGGUGAUUUAAUUUAAUAUAUUUCAAAACAUAUACCAUAUUUCACACUAACACCUAAAAUAAACCAUAAACUUUUGAACUUCAACCCUGACCCCUAAUCCAAAAAGCACUACAUGUAACUUUAACAUUAGAAUAACAUAUUAUCAUUUUUUGUGUAACAAAUGACAUAUGUGUAACAAACCGAAAUUAGAGGGUAACGGCCCAUCGAAUUUUGAUUAUAAUAACCAAAAAAUAUUAAUACAAACUGAGAUAAUUGAAAGUUAAAAAUAGUUUAGAAAAGCUCAUCCCGCAUUAACCAUGUCAGAAAGUGUAUAGAAGUUUAAUGAUGAGUCACCAUCAAAUUUAGCUGAGUUACAAAAGUGAGAUAAUGAUCAUAUCAAUUAUAAUAUCAAAUUAUAACGUUUCAAUUAAGUGUGUUUUCAAUUAAUAGUAUGAUAUACUAUUAAUAUUGAUAGUUAAGUUUUUAUUAAUUUUUAAACUCCGUUUUUUUUUUUAUUAACUCAAUCAGAGCGUACAAAUAAGUUACAACUCCAAACGAAUUUCUGUACAAGUCUUAUCCCAAGGCCGGUCUUCUUAACGUCAUGGAUGAUGCAAGCAGAUGGGCUGACUAGUUUUCGUAUUUAAUUUAAUUAUUUAAUAAAAUUAUAUUAUUCGAAUCUCCUAAGAUUGACGUGUAGGUCAAGUCGUCAUGCAUGACAACUACAGUGAAAUAGUCAACGUGGAUGACAAAGUUGAUUUUUAUCUGAAAUCCACUCACAAUUAAAUCAUCACAUGGACUUGAACAUUGAAUUACUAGGUCGACUUUACUUUUAUUUUCUUAAUCAAAAGGUCAACUUUAUUUAAGAUGGAUAAUUUACACUUAAGACGUAUUACUUUUAAAUGGCCGAAUAUAAACAUGACUGAAAUGAUUAUGUAUUUUAAUUUACUCUUUGUGAAGGGAGCGUAAUCAACGGAAGCAUGGAGAACCUCCUACACCUUCAUCAAUUUGAUCAAAAAAAUAGAUAAACUGGUGCGCAACCGCUUACGACAGAGGGCUGCAGGAAUGGUUUGCUACGAGACAAUAUCUACUGCUAGAUAAUUAGUCUUUUGAUCUAAACUCUCAUAAAACAAAGUUACAUACAUUGUAAAAACAUAUUUUUAUUUGAAUUAAUUUAACAUUCUUUUAAAAAAAUUAGGGAUCAAAGAUUCUUAUGCUUUUACCUCUUCAUCAUCAAAUUAAUAGACUUUUGAAUAUUGGCAAAGUAACUAUAUAUACAGUGGGAAAUGGCCGGGAUAGAAGUGACUAAAAUCUAAAGUGAUUACAGAAAAAUAUACUAGUUUUCAUAAUAUGAUAUUAUAUAAUAAGGGUGGCAUUAGAACCUAAUGUUUGUCAAUGAUUUUGGUUGCAUGUCUCGUGUAUGGUAGAUUGGUAGGUAGAUAAUCUAUCAUCCAUUUCUUGGUCCCGAAGCAAAAAUGGCUUUUACAUUUCCAUUUUAUUUUAUCAAUAAAUUUCCCAUUUUCUACAUUAUUAUUUCCAAAUUGGAAACCAAAAAAAAAAGAACGAAGAAUCAAAAUUGGCUGACGAAGAUAGGAUAGUUCCAUGUAAGUUCCCUCCACACAACCUUAUAUAUAAAGUCAUCCCUAAACCUCCUUAGACUCGCAUUCUCAUUAUCCUCAGUAAAAAAUAAAUUCAAUUAAAUUUCAGACCAUUUUUAUUUCUCAAAUUGAUUGGCAGUCUUGUUUGCGCGAGAUGUACGGUGUUGGUGGAUCGGGGACAGCGGGGUUGGCAGAGGUAUACGCGAUGAGAAAAAAUUAUAAGGAAAACAUGAAGAAAAAAAUUGAGGCAGCAGCAGCAGCAGCAGCAGCAAAAGAAGAUAAAUACAAUGUUGUAGAGAAGAAGAAAAUCGGGGAAAUGAAGAAACCAAAGAAAAGUCUCCAGACUAAUUCGAAGGUUUCCUCCGUAGAUAUUUAACAAUCUCUGUAGCUUUGCAUUUAACUCUUUACUGUUUUAUGAUGGGUUCAGUUUGUUCUUUCCUGUAAUUUAUUUUUCGUUAUCAAUAAUAUUUUUUUUGCUUUUAAGAUUAAA